AUGAGGCACAUCAUAAUAAAAAUAGUACUGGUGCUAUUUAUACUAGUAAACCUACAAUUAGUAGUAGUUAACUGGUAUAAAGGAAACUAUGAGAACUUCAAACCGUUGCAUCGAAAUCUUGCCCGAUUUCAAUGGAAAACCGUAGUGUUUAACCAGCAAGAAUUAUCGGAAAAGAUCGAACUAGAUCAUUUAGUUAAAGAUAAAUUAUCACAAAUCUCCAAAAGUUGGCUUACAAAGACAGAUCUCGCUAAAAUAGAGGUGGCUGUAGACUUUAAUCAAUUUGUUGGAGAUUUAGGAUGGUUAAAUAAAGAUGAAAUUUAUUAUGAUCCAAGAUUCACCUUAACUAUGUAUUUGAAUGCUAUAAAGACUAAAUAUUUAGAUGCUGGAGGUUCUAAGAUGUUUGGUAAGAUUGAUAGUAAUGAGGUGUUACCUAUAUCAUUACCAUUUCAUUGGGUUGAUUGGUUAGAUGUCACUGUAUUGAACGAUCAGUUAACUAAGCCUAUGAAAGAAAGAAUCGAUUGUAAAGUCUUACAAAAACAUACCAAUCAUAACCCUGAGCCGGAAUAUUUCUGUUCCAAUGAUCAAGAAGUCGAAGGGUUUACAAGACUGCAAUUACCGGGAUUCAUCAUCCAUAAUCAUUGUCAUCAUGGUGAUAGAACUAGUAAUAAUUUCCGAGUUUUACAAGCUAAAUCUUAUGUGAUGACUAAUAUGCCCAAUCCCAAGCAAGUUAUCAUUUUGAAUAAUAACGGAGGGACCUAUGAGUUUGAUGUUGGAUCGAAAGAAAGAUUAUUAAAGUCAAAAAUGAUCUAUGAUUAUAUUGGUAGAAAACCUCAACUCAAUUAUAUCAAUCAUUUGAAUGAGUUAAAAGAUUUACAGAGUGAAGUUCAUCCUUUAAGACCAUCACGUGAAACCUUGUCGUUGUUAAACCCUAAAAUGUUCAAUUAUGAAGCCAAUGUAGAGACAAAAGUUGAAAUGGAUGAAGAAGAAACCAUUUAUUUCAAACUGCCAGUUAUGGAAACUGAAGAUCCUAGAAAUGUUAACAAAGAUUGGGGUUGGUCUUAUGAUUGGAGGUUCUUUAAUGGAGCUUUCCAUUAUGAAAGAGAUGGAUUCACGGAAUUUGAAUUAGAAUUCCGUAAAAAGAUCAUCUUGGACCGAUUAAUUAGAAACUGGAGUAGGUUCAGUGAAUCCAAAGGAUUGAUUAAUUGGAUAUCAGGUGAUACUUUGAAAUCAUGGAGACGUAAUGGAAUAAUUUCCAAUUUGAAUCAUCUCGAAGUUCAAAUGCCUAUUUCGGAAAUUUUGAAAUUAGUACAAUUCAAUAACACUGUUGUUGUAGAAGAUCCAACUCAAGGUUAUGGUAGAUAUUACAUUGAUGUCAAUAAGUUCAUACAUAAACGUAAAGGUGGUAAGAAUUUCAUUGAUGCCAGAUUCAUUGAUGUUGAAUCGGGAGCGUUCAUUGACAUCACCGGAUUGUCGGGAGAUGACAUCAUAUAUAAUAAGCACGAAGAAGUUUUCAGCAUCAAAGACAUCUCCCCUUUGAAACAAUCUACUUUGAAUGGAGUACUUGUGAAUAUUCCAUCUUAUUGUAGUACUCAAUCAUAUGAACAUGGGAAAUAUUAUAUCGAUAAAUUGAAUUUAUGGAUAUCCAAAGACCAACUCACCAAGACAUUGAACGAAGAAGAAGUUCAUAAUGUCGAUAAUGAAUAUUUAUCAAUCAAAGCAUCCAACUUAACCAAUAGUGAAAUCUUGAUUUUGUUGGAUGAUAAAGUCACGUUACUUGAAUAUUAUCUUACUAGAGAUUAUACCAGCAACCAUGAGAUUGAACUUAAGUAUUUGUUUGAUGAGUUGGGAGAGAACAAUGUUCAGAUAGCACAAAUGGAUGAGUUUAAGAGGAGAUAUAAUGAGUUUGUACUGACAUUCAGGGAUGGGAAAGUGAUGACUAAAUGUUUAUAUGAUUUUGAACAUUUCACCCCACCCGAGAGUCACCCUUAG